CCUGUUAGAAAUCUGUCAUCUUCAUCAUGACCAAAAUCCACCAAGCGCGUGACAGUGAGCCACCGCCGCGGCUCCCUUCUCUUGCAGUCUCCAGCGAGCACGCGCUCAGCUGUCACAUUCGGGGUGAAAUGUGCAGUGAUAAUAACAUAUUUGGCAAACAUCCUGAAUAGAAACUCGAUGUAUCUCGAUUAAUUUCUAACGAACGCUUGUCAGGGAUAUAACCGGAUAUAACCAAGCUAAUAUUCAAGCAGAACUAGCAUAAACGUUAUUUGAAAGACAUUCUUAGCACUGUGAUGAGCAGUGAUUGCUGAGGUAAGGUGAAAACCUGACGACCCAUUUGUCUGCAGAGAAGCCGAUGGUAGACAUUUGUGAUUCCAUGAUGACAGAUGAUAGAUCCUUACCUAGCCCACAGCUCUCCUCAAGGACACCAAACUGAUGUGUGUGUUUACCCAACGCCAAGAUGCAAAACGCGACGAAGACUGAUUUGAGUUUGUUGCUGGAGUGCUUGAAAUGCCAAAUGAAGUGCCCAGACUCCCAGAAACAAGCUCUUCUCACAAUUUCAGCAAUUUGUCAACAGAGUGGUGAAUAUGUGGAGUUUUUCCAGACUUUGGGAGGGAUGACGUUUGUGCAUAGCCUGUCCAGGUCAAGCCCCCAUCCUCAGGUCAGACAGACCGCUCUCUUCAUUCUCGGUGGCUUGGCUGAGUCUAAUGUCAACUGUAAGCGGGAUCUGUGUCAGAAGGAGACCUUUUUAGAUCUAAUGAGGAGUCUUGUGCCAGAGGUGCCCCUGACACAGAAGAGAGUGGCAGUCUACAUGGUGUCGGCACUUGUCUCCAAUAAUCGGAUGGGACAGGAGUUUGCACACACCUCAGACUGCAUAUACAUGCUCCUAGAGUUGUUCAGGUGUAGUUUUCCUCUGUCCCCUGACCUGAAGACGGGCUCUGGUGAGCAGGCUCAGUUGGCACAGCUCUGGACUGCUGUGUCCACGGCCCUGUGUGGCUGUGUCAACAAUCCCCAGAAUGACCUGAACCAGCGUGUGUGUAUGUCGGCGUUCCCUCUGGCCUGUAGCUGGCUGCAACAGAUGAGCCCUCCCCGCCCGGAGCUGCUCCAACCUCUCUGCUCCUUCAUCGCCAUGACGCUGCACAACAACAUUUGUGCUCAGGAGUACUUCUCCUCGGUGGGCGGUCUGGGGACCUUGUGUAUGAAUCUGACUGAUCUGACGGCUCAGAGCUCAGAGAGUCUCGACGUUCGCCACAUGGCCGUAACUCUCACCAAGACCCUGGCGGCCUGCAUCACAGACAACCCUGGUUUGGCCGCUGGCCUGUCUGGUAUGCAGCUGGUGCCCGUGCUGGUGCAGCUGCUGUCCUGCCCAGCCAUGGACCCCAGCGAGCAGCUCAGCAUCGUCAUCACACUGGGCCUCUGCACAGACUCCUCUGAGGAGUGCCAGGUUCAGCUGUUGGCGUGUGGGGGGCUGCCUCUCGUCAUCUCCCUCCUCACAGACACCCAGGACGAGGAACUCAAGAAGGCGGCAACCUUUGUCCUGCAAACCUGCAAGAAGAUCACUGGGAUGCUGGGCACAACUCAGGACUCCUCUAUUGAAGAGCAGCAGCAGCAGCAGCAGCAGCAGCAGCAGAGUAGUGCCCUGGAAGGCCACUGGAGAUCAGCCAAUGAGAUACUGCACAGGAUCAUCACCCUGGAGAAACAGCAACAGGCUGCAGCAGCGGAGCAGCAGUGGGAACGGGAUGUGGGGAAUUCCGCAGAUCAGCAGGAAGGAACUUUUGGCAUUCCGCAGGCUCCGCCCCCUCGGAGCCCGCCGAGCCCUCAGCUGCAGCAGCGCGCCGCUGACCCCGCCGAGGAAUUCUGGGAAGGGACGCCACUGCGCAAGGUCAGAGGUCAGCCACAGCGCAGGGUGAGGCCCAGGAAGGAGAGCGAGAGCGAGAGCGAGACCACGCACAAAGAGCGCCCUGUGCGAAGGGAGAUUUUCAGGAGUCCUCCAGAACAAAAGCUGCCCCUCCAGACCCACCCGGCUACCCUAACAGAUGAGCCGAACAGAGAGCAGGAAGGGGGGACCGAGAGGACGAAGGAAGGGAGGAAUAGAAGAAGAAGACAGGGAGAGGAGAAGGAAAGGAGAGAAGAGAAAGGGGAGAGGUGGACACAUGGGAGAGGAGGAGUAGGAGGAGGAGGAGGAGGAGGGGGAGAGGGUGACAGAGUGGCAGGAAGGAGAGAGAGAGACGAGAGAAGAGAUGGGUGGAGAGCGAAAGAUCAUGGAAGGAGAGAGAGCAGCAAACAGAGGGAUGAGGGAGGUAGAGAGAAGAAAAAAGAGAGGGAUGAAGAGGGAGGUACAGAGAGCAGCAGCACUCCGAGACAGAGACCUCAGACAGAGUUUGGAGAGAGGCAGAGAGGCAGGAGACGAGAGACCAGCGCUAGUCGGAAAGAGUGCGCUGUCCAGAGCGGAAGAGGAGAAAGGGAGAGGGGGAGCAACGUGGAAGAGCAGGAGGAGGAGAGAGAGAGCUGGAUAGAUGUGGAGAGUGAUGGAGGAGGAGGAGGAGGAGGGAGAGAGGAGUGGGCGGAGAGAGAGAAGAGUGAUGGGAGUGGCUGCAUUCCUGCCCAGAUAAGCCCCACCCCUCACACAGACACUUACCACGGCCAACCAGCAGAGGGAGAGCAGCACGGAGAGGGCUCAGCCGAGUUUGAGUUCAGGAGACCAGGCCCCCUUCUUGGCAGCACUGCGCGACUCAAGCCACGCCCUCCGUCCGACGAUGAGAUGUCGGUCUGCUCCGAGGUCCUGGACAGGGAGAUCCAGCGAGCUCUGCUUACCCCCGCCUCUUUUACCCAUAGUGCACUGCGAUGCUUUGGUUGUGUGUCAGGUGUGUCUGAGGUGAGCAGUCGCUCCUUCUUCGGCCUUCUGAGCUCCAGCCAGCAGAAGUGUGACCGUCACCUGCUCCUGCUCCACGCAGACCAGCAGCACAGGCAGCAGCUCAGGCGCAGACACACCCUCACGGCACACACCACCGGCACAGACACACACACACUCGCACACACCACCGGCGACACACACACCACCGGCGACACACACACACCCGACGCCAACACCACCGGUGACCCACACACUCUUGCACACACCACCGGCGAUACCCACACACUCCUACACUCCAGUGAUACAUACACAUACACACUCACCGACACGCACACCAGUGGCACACUGUCACUCACCAACACAUUGUCAAACAUCAGCAGCAGUGGCAGCGUUGACGUGUGCACCCCCGUAACAAGCAGGGCCACCACCACAAGCCCAGACACCUACACCUACACCCACGCCGACAGCUCAGCCAGCGAGAGCUCUUACUACACGGACACACACCGUGACAUAAACACUCUCGCGCCCACAGCCGGCCCCCCUGGCAACAAACCGGUUGGAGACCAUAGAGGUAGAGAAGGCCCCGGCCCUGGCCCUGGCACACAACUGUGGAGGGAGGAGGACAGCAGUUGCAGGGACAGCCACAGGGAUUACUGUUGCACAGAGGUAAACCUGACUCCCUUGAAGAGGCCCUGUGACGCGUCUGGAAGAGGACAAUGCAGAGAGGUGGAGACCAGUGAUGAUGAUGAUCGCUGGUCGGAGACAUCAGAGAAAUGCACUGGAAGGAGGCUGAGGCAGAACUUCAGUGUUGAGGAGCUGGAGUUUCUGCGAGAGGGCGUGCGGCGCUUCGGCCCGAGCUGGAACGCUAUCCUGUGGGCCUACCCCUUCCAGCCUAGCCGCACCAACACUGACCUGGCACACAAGUACCGCCGCAUGAAGAAAACAGAGGCAGCCAGCUGAAGCAGCCCACGGAAUAAGGACGAGAAACGAUGCACUGAACUUUAUUUAUUAUUUAAUAAUAAUUAUUCAAUAUUGAACAUGAACUUUAUUUUCAAUAUUUAGAAUGGAAUAAGGACGAGAAAAGAUGCACGAUUGCAACAAUGCAAUGAUAAACUUUAUUUUUUAUUUAUUUUAAUUAUUGAACAUGAAUUAUAAUAUGUCUUACAGGACUGUGCCAAUUUACUAUUUAUUGAAAUUAAUUUUAUAUUUAAAUUACACAUAGUAUUUAGCCUUCAUUAAUUAUACUGUUUGCUGUAUAUAGUUUACGGAAGAGAUUACUUAGUAGUAUCAAUAAUUUGCGCUCUAUUUAUUAAUUUAUUUAAUCUGGAUUGUUUACACUGAAUAUUGUAAAGAGUACCACUUCAGGUGGUCCUUGUCCUUCUUUGAGUUUAGUUUAGCUAAGUAAGGUUGUGUUGUAUAAGAAGAAGGAAAAUCUCCUGGAUAUCUGUAUCUGAAAUAAAAUGCAUAACAGCAAAUCCCA